AUGUCUAGCACAGUGCUUCGCGACCAAGACAGCCGCUCUGUCAUGCGGAAAUUCCUCGAGAGUGAGAGGCGGUUCACGUGGCCUGAAGACGAACGCAAAGAUGGCCAGAUGUAUCAUUUCACAGAGGACUUUCCCCCGAAGAACUUCCUAGAAUGGGAGCGACGUCUCGCCAUUAUUCGCAAGACAAGCACUGCAAUUAUCGAACAGCACCACAUUGUCAAAGAAAAGCAAGAUAUAAUAGGAUUUUUCGAAGCAUUUGCUGUCAAAGAACUCGUUACUCCUGUGCUUGACGAGAAGGAAGCCAACAACGAAGUCCAAGCCAUGAUCGACCUUUUGCAUCCACAUGUGGCCGCUCUUCUUGGCACGUACCUCUAUCGCAAUAGACUGCAUAUUCUCACCUUUCCUGCAGGAUGCUGUGACCUUGGAGACCUCAUGCAUUGUAUUUCAAAAAGGCUACUUCAAGAACCUUACACCCCUCCUGAACCGAGACAGGACGGCCAUAACUUAGAAAUACAUCGAAAAUACACCUGGCCGUUCCGGCUAGAACUGAACGAACAGCUUCAGAUGCUGCGAAGAUAUUUCCUGUGCCUCUGCACAGCCGUGGCCUAUCUGCAUCGCAGUAAUCUCCGACAUAAAGAUAUCAAACCUGAGAACAUAAUUAUCGACUUCGAUGGCAACGUCGUCAUUAUGGACUUUGGCAUAUCCACAAAAUUUGAGCCUGCAGCAAGCAAGGCUACCAGAGACCCUCGCACACCGUCGACCUCUCGGUACAGGCCACCCGAAAUGGAGCGAGGUUGGACCAGAGACGAUCGAUCUGAUAUAUGGUCACUUGGCUGUGUCUUUCUGGAGAUGAUAUCCGUGUUGUUGGGAAAAGAUAUCGAGAAAUGCAAAAAUCAUUGUCGCGAGCUGGUUAACAAUGGCGCCGUCAGCGAUGAUUACUGCCUGAACUUGCCAAAGAUCGAGACAUGGCUUCAAAUUCUCGAAAACGUCGGUCGUACUCCAUCACAGAAUGACGCUGAAUUGAAAGCUACUUUGCCAACCAUCAGGAAGAUGCUCAGUGAAAUGAAAGAUGACCGCCCUCUCGCAGAAAACCUUUGGCGGGAUUUUGACUUGAAAAGCUUAGCCAACUCGAAGUGCAAAGAUUGUCAUCCUGACGUUGACGGGAGAUGGAAGCUCAACGAUGACCAGCAAGAGAAAGCUAAGAUUGGAAGUUCGCUCCGUCAGAGGAUGACAGAGGACGAACAGCGAGCCAUUGAGAAGACGCGCUGCAGACAAGAGAUGUACGCAAGCGUUAAACAGGUAAUUAAAGAAGCCGAGGGAAAUCUGCCAAAUGGGUUGGCUCCCAUCCGACCCAGAUCGCCUUCUGUCAUAGACUCGAUUUUGGCGUCGGAGAGCUCGCGGAGAUCCAGCUUUCAUGGCACUGGGACGAAGCCAGGCCAUGGCAGGAGACAGCUCUCGCCACCAGGUUUCGAGCUACAACAUCCCAAUCGAAGUGGUAUUGUGCGAGCGAAGCCUAACCCUCCUGCACUUCACAGACGCUCUUCACCUCUACCUUGGCCAAGUGAAAUUUCACGGCCUGGAUCCUCAGACUCCGAUAGAGAGAAAAGAUCAGACACGGCAACAAAGGUACGCUUCAGUCGAUCAAUAGAAUCCAUAGUACGGGAAGACGACACCAACCUAUCUAUUGCUGUGCCAAAUUCCCAGGCUACCGAAGCAGACCUAAAUCCACUUCCAUCAAAAGGAAUUCUUUCCGUGGCACAGCAAGCUGAUACAACACACUUGGCGACCAUACACGAACCUCAUCAUGAUACUAUUCGAGAUCUCGAAAAGGCCAAUGAUAUGCCGAGGGAUAUCGUCGACCCGCUGCACUACGAUCCGGAUUCGAAAAUUGAACCCAGCCUCCAUACCACAGCUCCUCAGCCAAAGAAUCAAGUCACCAGUGCCGCAGGCAGUCGUGUUGCUGCGAGCCGCGGACCUACGACUGAAGAGAUGGUGAGCUCUAGCCUAGGAAAUCUGGGUAAUACGCAGACCCAAUCGGGUUCCUGGAGCCGGCCGGCAGACAAUGAGUCGGUUCUCGCAUGUGACUGCUCCGGAGGCCUGAAACUGCUGCAGGGCCAUUUCGGCCUGCUUCGUGCGCCACUGGUAUGUUUCAAGGUUCCUCAAGGGAGGUACUUUAGCGUGUUUGCCGACAGUGGAUUCCUAGGAAUCCUCGAUCUAGCACAACUUGGAUGGAAUUAUCGAUGGGGCUCCUUGAAGAAGUGGUGUGGCCUUGAGCAAUUUCGUACGAUAUACAUGAUCAACUAUGGACCUAACGACGUUCCUGCUCACCUACUCAAUCGUCAAGACAACACCAAGAUCCACCCUAUAGUUCUAAUGUAA